GAAAAAUGAUCAGUUACAUCGUAUCGCCAUGACAGGAAUGGGAAUCCUAGUAGUCAUACUAAUCGGUAUCCUAGUCAUAUAUUACUUGAAGAAGUCACUUUCUUUGUACAUAUCGUUGAGGAAUAUAAACCGUAGUCCCUCAAUAAAUAGCUGUAUACCAAAUAUCUCGGAAGCUAUAUCAUCUGACUCGACCAGCUACUUUAACUUGAGUCUCAACAGACCUCCGACAUACGAUGAAGUUCUUCGAUAUAAACUCCAUUCACCAAUGGAGAAUCCCGAUGAGUCGCUUCCUCCGUCAUACGAAGAAGCUAUUAACAUCACUGGAUUCAUCAGUAACUCAGGCAACGACAGUUAGAACCAAUCAGAAAUCUAUAAACGUUCUCAGAACAGGGGUAGCAUUCCUGAUGAGUCGGAAUAAAGAAGUUUCCAUUGUUUGUAAUGGUUCUGUUGUUGUACUGGAAGUGGUGAAGGUUUGUUUGUUUUAGACUUUCUACCGUUGUCUACCGCGGGUAAUAAGAACAUCGGAGUUUAACGUUGUAAAUCCGUAAAUUUGCCGCUGUCCCACCAGGUGACAAAGUAGUGAGGGUUGGAAUACCGUGUGAUUUCGGCGUUGUACGUUACUCAACAACAACAUAUUCAAUUGACAGAAUGGACUUCUAAACGCUGCCUGUCGAUUAUUUUACAACAGACAAAGUGGUUUUAAUUGGUUUCGAUACUAAACAAAUAGGUUCCUGUGAAGAAAA